UGAAGGACUCACAGGCCCUGCUCAAUCGCUAGACACAUCAAACAUCAAGCCUCCUUAGAAACAGUCUCCUCCAGUAGUAUCUGAAGUCUGAACACAACUGCGAUAAUUCCUUGCCUUUGGCAGUAGCAGGCUCUACCUCUGCCUCUGCCUCUGGCUAUCCUCAACCAAGCCAUCCCUUUGCCGACACAACAACUACUAAUCCCUUCCUAGCUCUCUCCCUCUCUUAUAAGUAGCUGGAGAUAAAUAGAAGCCCAUAUGUUUUCCAAAAUGAGGAUGCUAUGGGAAGUGUUAGUACUGAUGUUCACGGCCAUGUUCUCAAAGGUCAGUAGUGGCCGCGGCGGCCAAAUGAAUAAACCGCCGUGUUCAAGGGGUAAGGAAGCAGCUCCGGUGGAUGCUGUGAGCUACUGCUUGAGCUGGAGGGCGGCGGUGGAGACAAACAAUGUGCUUCCGUGGAGAACAGUCCCUCCUCAGUGCAUGAGCUACGUGGAAAAUUACAUGCUUGGUGGGCAGUAUGAAAGCGAUUUGGAUGUGAUUAUGGAACAGAUCUCCACUUACCUUGAUGGUAUAGUGCUGUCUGAGGAUGGCAUGGAUGCUUGGAUCCUUGAUAUCGAUGAUACUUGUCUUUCCAACCUCCUCUACUACAAGGACAAGCGCUUUGGGUGCGAUCCAUUUGAUCGAACAGCUUUCAAGAAAUGGAUGCUUAAGGGAGAGUGUCCAGCAGUUCCCGCUGUUCUUGAAUUGUUCAGAAAGUUGGUUUCGAGUGGUUUUAAGGUUUUCCUUCUCACAGGCAGAGAUGAAGCCAGGUUUGGCCAAGUCACCUUGGAUAACUUGCAUGACCAAGGAUACCUAGGCUAUGAACGCUUGAUCAUGAGGAGUGAAGCUAAUAAGGGACAAGGCGCCGUGGUGUUCAAGUCAGAAAUUCGUAGAGGAAUUGAGGGAGAAGGUUACAGGAUUUGGGGAAACGUUGGAGACCAAUGGACCGACCUAUUAGGGGAUUGUUCUGGCACACGCACUUUUAAGAUUCCUAAUCCCAUGUAUUUCAUCUCCUAACCUAAAAAAUGUUAUCACAUUGGAAAUAUUACAUUAAUUUUAUAGGUUUGGUUUGAUCGCAAAGGAAAUUAAAGAGAAGGAAAGUG